AGUGUCUGCCUCUCACUCACAUGUGGAGUUUCAGUGAUGCAAAGCAGUCAAGCUCGCAACGGGACUACACAUUACUGAGUGAAGUUUAGAUUGAGAAGCACGCUGGAUUGGAGAGACACCUGGGAGAUAAAGCGGAACCCUGGACCCGCACAACAGCUGAAUGAGGGAAACUGCAUUACUUCGUGAGAUUUUUGCUGCAUUUCUAUUUAUCCAGGGCUUUAAAGCAUGUUUGAAUCUGGACUGUGUGCGGUUGUCUUCGGGCUGCUGUGCGCUUCGCUCUCUGCGGGCGCAUCGGUGUGUCCUCCCGGCUGCGAGUGUUCGGAAGCCGCGCUGACGGUCAAAUGUGUGUCUAAAGAUCUGAGGAACAUUCCGAGCGGCAUCCCGGGCUACACGAGAAACCUCUUCAUCACUGGGAAUCACAUCAGUCAGAUAGGACCCGAAUCUUUCCAGGGACUGGACAAUGUCACAAAUCUGUCACUGUCUAACAACAGGAUUUCUGAGGUAAAGUCUCACACAUUUUCUAGUCUGCGAAGCCUCAGAUCGCUGGACCUAAGCAACAACCAGCUGGCCCUCAUCCAUCCUGAGGCAUUCACUGUCCAGAGCCACAUGCUGAGAGAGCUCAACCUCAGUCAGGCUCUUUACAACCACUCAUCUAUCACUGAUCUCGCCACCUCUCUCCGCUGGAGUAGCUUGGCUGACCUGCUGGGGUUGGACUUGUCCAGUAAUGGCCUUGUCUACUUGCCCCCCGGUAUCUUUUGCCAUCUUGUCAGCUUGCGGCGCCUACAUCUUGGCAACAACUCUAUAGUGGCCAUCCAUAAUGGGACAUUCACGGGUUUGGAUAAUCUACAGGAGCUUGAUCUCACCCAUAACGCUCUGAGGACCUUGCGCGAAGAGGCGUUGAAACAGUUGGAGGUCUUGCAUUCGGUUAGGAUCCAAUUGGCGGAGAAUCCUUAUACGUGCACUUGCGACAUCGAAACCUUUGCUGUCUGGUUGAACAACUCACAGCAGCAUGUGGUGGAUGUUGAGCUGUUAGCUUGUGUGUUCCCCGCAGAACUGCAGAACACAUCAUUGUUGACUGUGGGUGAACUGGAGUUGGGUUGCCACAAAGAGGGAGAGGCUGACAAUCUUGCGUUGCAGACCUCUUACGUUUUCUUGGGUAUUGUGCUUGGAUUUGUUGGUCUCAUGUUCCUUUUUGUGCUCUACCUGAAUCGCAAAGGCAUCAAAAAGCGAAUCUUCGACAUGCGUGAUGCCUGCCGGGAAGUUUGGGAGGGGUAUCACUACCGAUACGAGAUUGACCAUGAUCCCAGACUGUCACAGGUCUCUACAAUAGCUGAUGUGUGAUCUGACACAAGUUCUUCCAAAACCAAGCUCCUUAUAUGUAAAUAUAUAAACUAGUUUUCUAUUGCAUUUAUACUUGGAAAAUAUCAAUUUUGGGUUCGCAAAUACGUUGACAUUUAAGAAGGUGCAUAGAUAGCUUGUCAGGUCUUUCCAAGAGUGUUUUUAACCUUUAUAAGCACACCACCCCCUCAAACUCUGCACAGAAUUAGCCUCCAAAAGCAUUCACUUCUUACGCAUCAUAGGAUGCUUGAGGAUUAGCCCAAGCAAGGGACAGAAGCCAUGAAGUAACUCUGACGACCACCUCUAAAACCCCCACCACUCUCCAUUGUCCUAUACUGGAAUAUUGCCCACAAGCUUUCUGGUUUAACUUCAGCUUAAGUGCCUUGUUUAUUGUAUUUAUGAGGCUGACCAGCUUCAAAGAAGUUUAACUCUCACAUGAAUGUUUACUAUGCUGUUUGUGAAGUUGUGGGAACUCUUAUAGCCUAUUGCAUGCUAGUGCAGCCUUGUCUUUAUGGAAGCGUAUGCAGUUCCAGAGUUGGACCCUGUGCCACAGAAUUAGCAGCCUUCUAUGGUCCCUCUAUCCACAGGAAGUCUGGGAAGAAUGUGCCAGAUUUUCUCUCCAAAAGCAUUCCAGCAUGAGGAUAACAUCCUCUAAGCUGCAGAAGGAGCAUCUUUUAAAGAAAGAGACCCAGUUUUGCAGAAAUCGCUGGAUUUUUUAUUCAUUUAAAAGAGAAGUUUGCUUUGUUUUUAUUACACUAAUUCUUAUUGUCAGGAUGAUGAGAACCAGCCCUUCUGAGGGCCGCCAAGCAAGAUCCCUCCUCCUCCAGGACUGCAGUGAGGCUGCUUGCUCUUUGAAGACUCAGUCUGGCUCAGUUCCUCAUAUGUUCCCCAUAUUUUUCUGUUUAAGGGACUUUACCAUGAUAAGAUACAGAUGAAGAAGUGGCCUUUGUGUUGAAGGGUCUUUGCUCUAUUUUAAAGUACUGUUUCCAAAUGCAUGAGACUGAGUUGGGAAAGAAAACAUCCUUGAUGUGUUGUCAAAAAAUGUGCUGGACUUCACUUGUAUCUGUAUAAGUAUGGUUUAAUUCAACAUUUGUUUGGCAAAAAUACAAUGACUGUAUAGUGUAUAGGUGAAUCUCACAAAAUUGGUCACAAAAUGUCAAGGGCAUAUUUCACCCAAAAAUUAAAAGACAAAAAUUAUUUAAUGAC